ACGCGCUUGUAGGCAAGAGCCAUUAUACACUGUCGCCUGUAAACGCCAACUGGCGCCUGUAAACAACUUUAUGCGAUAAUAAUAAAAGUGUUCUUUUCGGAAUUGUGUAUUAAUGUCAAUGCAAAAUGAAUAUAACAGAUGCUAUUCGACGACGGGAAUAUGGAUUUGGAAUAAUACAUGAUUAUGAUAUUGCUCUUCAUCGCUUGAAAUGCUACUACAAUGACGUAUACCAUGGAAUAAGUCCAAAUUUAAACACAGCUGACUACAAUCCUGAUCCACCAGUAUUUGCAUGCCAUUUCUGCACCACGCCAGGAUAUGAGGAGAUUCUUGCCUUGGCAAACGAGGAUGGGAAAGUUGCCUUUCAGAAUACUAGGAUUAAGAAUAAAUAUAAUCAACCAUUAGAAGGACAACAGGCACACUAUAAUGCAAUCUUUGAUAUUGCUUGGAUGCCUGGGGAACAAAAGUUAAUUACAGCAUCGGGAGAUCACACAGCGCGCUUAUGGGAUAUUUGUAGUUCUCAGAUAAAACAAAUUAAUUAUUUUCAUGCACAUACAAGAAGUGUAAAAACCGCAGUAUUCCGUGAUAAUGAUAAAGAAUCCCGAAGAUUAUUUCAGAUAGUGACCUGUUCCGAUGAUUCCUGUCACCGAAUAUGGAAAGUGGGACUCGAGGAUAAAGAGGAUAACGAAGAAGUAAAAAUACGCGGUCGCGCUGAGAUCGUGGGAAAAUAUCAUUUAGAAAAUAUGAAAAUAGAAACCACUCCAAGUUCCCGAUACUCGAAUAUCUACCAAGAAACUAGCCCAAGUUCUCAAUAUUUGAAUGUUUGCCAAAAAACUACACCAAGUUCAGAGGAGCAUAAUACUAUUUCUACCUUGGCUGUGACUCCCGAAUUUAAUGAAUCUGAUAAGGAAGAUGAUAAUAAACUCGGUUCUACCAAACGUAGUUAUCUACAAAUGAUGAUGGGCUCAAGGUCUGAAGGAAAGUUUAAAUCUAUUUUAUCACCUAUUCACGAAAACGAGACCUCUGCAAAACGAAUUCACAUGGACAAUCGUGGUAUGAGAAGACUAUUCAGUUCAAGUAAUGAAAUUCCUACUACUAGUAGGGAUAACGAUUCGGAUGAACCCAGUACGAGUCAGUCUGCAAGUAAGAAUGAAGCUCCUUUUUCACCCACAUUAAACUUGCCAAAUUUUGUGGUGGAUGGUACAGCACCACAUUUACUUGAGAUAUCACCGCAAAAGUACAAAGAAAACGUCGAUUGGUUGACAAAAAUUAGAAAGGAAAGAUACGAACAGAAAAAAACUUCGUCAAUUUCGAAUAGCCCGAAGACUCAAGUAACACCUGGUCGAAGAUCUAAUAGGUCGCGAUCGACCGAGCCCCAAAAGGUCACAAAACCAAUAAAAAGUGGCUCUUUACUGGACUUUUUUAAAGCCGCUAGUAAGAAUAAUGAAAAAAAUUCAAAUAAUAAUAAUAAUAAUAAUAAUAAUAAUACCAACAAUAAUUUAUCAUCAACGGAUACAUCUUAAAAAUAGUAAAUUCAGAAUUUGAUGAUUUACAAAUUGAAUCUUAAAAUUUUUUUGUUGCAGUAUUUUAUAUUGUAAUAUUGGAAACAGAGGAUCUUGAAAUACCGGUUAUUAAUAUAUCAUAUAAUAGCAGUU